AGAUCUGCGGCGCAGUUAAGGUGCGAGAAAGCAUACUGCAAUGGCCGGCUACGUCGGAAGCCGCAUCAGUUUGAUAUCUAAUGCGGAAAUCCGCUACGAAGGCGUUCUAUACACGAUUGACCAAAACGAUUCUACUGUGACUCUUUCGGAUGUGAAGUCUUACGGAACGGAGGAUCGCCAAACGGACCGGCCUGUUGCAGCGCGUGAUGAAGUUUAUGCUUACAUCAUCUUUCGUGGAUCCGAUAUCAAACAUGUCCGUUUGGUGUCGUCGUUUCCCGAUGACCCAGCGAUUGUUCAACACUCCGCACCGCCUGUUGCGCCGAUGCCGCAACCGAAUACUUUGCCGCCGCCAAUUCCAUCGCAACAGCCAACGUCUUUGCCGCCAACGACGCAAAUGGGGAUCAAGCUGCCUUUCAGCCAACCGCCUCCUUCUGUUCCCGCCAUGCCUGCAAUGUCUGCUCCCCCGCCUACAAUUCCGACUCAAACGCGUGCCCCAGCUUGGGAUGGUUUGAUGCCGGCGUCUUUCCCUCCGAAUACGGCUGCUCCCGGCGUGCCGACGACUACCCCGACCAACCAAUCCGCCGGGGUGAUCGGUAGUGGAGUAGAUUUUCGGCAACCCCCACCAACACUCGAACAGGUUCAUCCGCCUCAACCUCCACCGCGUACAUUUUCCGCUGCUGUGAGCCCACCUUCGGCCGCGAAAAAAUCUUCGAAACCGACCCCGGAAGCAGUAUCAAGAACACAACCGGAAAAACCUCGUCGCAAUGAGCCAGUGAUGGAAGUGCAAAUUGCCAAACCGAAGAAAGAGGAACAAAAACCGAAGGAGGAAGCGUUGAAGCAGGAAGUCCCUAAAGGCACGCAACCAGCCAAGCAAAAGUAUGAACAAGCGCCUGUCCAACAACAACCAUCUCAUUAUAAUCGUCAGCAGCAGCAUCAUCAGCAAUACCAACAUCGUGACAGUCGCGACCAAGCUAUGAACCGACGAAACGACAAUGUGGUGCACAGAAAUCAACAAAGUUAUAAUGAUCGUCGAUCAAGUGGCGGCGGAGGUGGCUACGUCCAGCGUAAUGACGGGUAUUACCGAGGAGGAGCAGGAGGUGGAUAUAUGGGAAAUCAGGGCUACCGUGGACACCACCCGGGGAUGCGUUUCGGUCGGGGAAGAGGUCGUGGAGGACUCGUUGGGCAUUUGGAGCCGGCACGACAGGAAUCUCGUUUGAAAUUCACUGAUGACUACGAUUUCGAGACUGCAAAUGCUGAGUUUGAAAAUGUCAAGUCCGGUCUCGGCAAUCUAAGUCUCAACGGUCCCGCUUCGUCCGAUGAUGUCGAAGCCACCGCCAAUGGAGACGCUGAACUGGUCAACGAAGCGCAGCAAGAAGAUGAGGAGGAUGCCAAGCAAUUUUACGACAAAGAAAAGAGCUUUUUCGACAAAAUAUCUUGCGAGGCCAUGGAGAAGUCGCGUGGCAGCAGUCAACGUCCAGACUGGAAGAAUGAGCGCAAACUGAAUGCUGAAACCUUCGGCGUUUCUUCGGUUCGUCGGGGCUUCGGCCGUGGGUACAGACGUGGAAUGGGGAUGCAGCGCAACGAUGGCUACCGCGGCGGGAGAGGCGGUUACAGACAGAAUUUCUACCGCGGGUCCAGACCUCGCGUACCAAAUCUGAUGGAUCAGACGCAAUCCUCUGUGCCUGCUGAGGAAGAUGCAUGCAUCAAGAAGUUGGAAUCCUUCUCAUUAUCUUCCAAGCAGACAGUUGGAAAGAAAAAGCGAAGGAAUAAAUCUGCAUCGGAGGAUAAUUGGAACUUCAACUUCGCCAAUAGGGUGAAGAAACUACCGCCUAGAACCUACUUACGCAAAAGCAAGUUGGAUCAUAUCUUCAAGUCAAAAAGGUCGUUCUUGCGUGCUUCUCCUCUAUCGAAAAGAUCUGGUUCUGCCCCUCCGGAGAAUCGUAUCGGAAGACUUAUCCAGAAUGAACAGGGAGCUUGUCAUGUUCUCGAACGGUCUUACCCGGACAAUCUGUUCUCAACCGAGGAGACUGGAUCCGUUUGUGAAUCAGUGCUAACAAUGUCCAAUUUAGUUCAAACCGAUGUCAUACCCGUACGAAAGUCAUGCUCCCAGGAGGCUGCUAACCCUACGUAUGAGGAAGUGUCGAGCGUGGACGAACUAGCUGGCUAUCUGGAAAACGGCCUCCACAUUCCGAAAAAGAUGUCGAAGAUGGCUGAAAUGAUGUAUACGUGAACCUUAACGCCAAUUGACUGCUAUCGUUUUGUAGCCUUUUUAUUCCCCUUCCUCAAUCCUUUUAGUUGAUGGUUUAUGUCCGCGAGUUUCUCGUGCUUCACUCUUGAUAAAUCUGAAGGAUGAUGCUGUUUAUGAGAUCCUCUCAUCCGAUGCA